CUUCCAUUGGUACAUUCUUAGCCAACAAGUAUCAGCUGCAAUCCAACGAUGCAAGCUUGCAUAAGGUAGUCCCUCGCCGGUGACAUGCCAGAAUAUCAUAGUACUCCCGCGCCCUCCUCCAAACGUUUCCUCCCUCCAUCCACAGCCUCUGCUUCCAAGUCGAUUAGCCAUCCGUCGGCGCGGAAGAAUAUCUUUCAAAGCUCACGCUCGACCACCCAACCCACAUCCUCCACACCCUCCCGUGGUGCGAUCCCGCGGUUCCAAACGGCCCCUGCGCGCAAAGAUGAGAUAGACACCAGUUUCGAGGAUGAGACAGAAUCACCGAUUGUCUCCAGGAGGUUUGGCCAUACUCAAAGAAAAGACGUGGUCGAUGAGGAUGAGGAUACUCUCCCAAUUCAGUCACCACUACUCUAUCGAAAGAAGAUAGUUACACCUCCUGCGAAGAAGCGGAAGACGAGUCACCCCGCUCAACGGCCGAUUGAGCCAAUCACGAUUUCGUCCUCUCCUGGAUCUGAAAUUGAUGACCAGGGCUUGAGAGGGCAAUCUUCUCAGGCUUCGCACUCGGACGAUGAAGACUUCGAGGAUAUCAUGAUCGAAACGCCCCAUGUGGAAACGUUGAAAACGACGCGCUUCCGGCCUUCUGUCCCAAAAUGUAUUGAGCCACCAACUCUGGCCAAGAAUGCAUUCAAGGUAGAAUCUGACGGAGGUCACUCAGCACACCUAGCUAGCGGCUCUCUUCUCCCGGAUGUGUUUUCUCCUUCCAAGAGAAAAGGAAAACGAGAGUACAUUCCUGGUGGGAUGGCAGAACUAGUGAGACGGUGGGUGCUUGGGAUUGCUGCUCAGGACUCGGUCUCGAUCUCGGCGGCAGUCCCAGAGAUGACCAUCACAGUAUCCCAAGCAAGAGUCGAUGGCAGUGGGCGAUUUUCACUUGUCACGGACACGACCGGGAACCGAUGGCUUUUUCCGGAACAACAACAGAAACCUGGCCUGGAACACAGGCUGGACGUUACAAACAUUAGCCCUGGUGCCCGAGUCCGCUUGAAAGGUCGGGCGACAAAAUGGCCCCUUCGAUCUGAUUUUGAGGAACUGCAAGACACAACCGUCGGCGCUUACUGGGAGCUCAUUGAACCCGGAUAACGUGCCACGACUCUCGUUCCGUUUGUCCGCCCAAACAUGGGCUGAUUGUAUCUAAAAUCCCCUGUCCUAUUAUGACAAUGUUCGACUAGAUGUCUAGGUAGAAUCUAUCUGACGAUCUUGAUAUACC